GAAAGACAAGACGGGCAGACGCAGCAAGAGUAGCAGUUCCGGUUUAGGCCAUAGAGAGGCCAGGCUAGGACGGAACUCCAGAAAGGGAGCGUUGCUGCUCCCGCGCUGCCCCUCUCCAAGAUGGCGCAGGUUGUCAGAAUUAUAAGACAAUAAGAAAGUAGUGAUGGAAUCGUUGGAUACGGGGUCUAAAGCAAAGAAAACUCUAGGAAAAGUUGACUAUGUAGAGUCAUCAGAAUUUUCCCAAGGAAUUCUGCCUACAAAUAAGGAUGUCAUUCAGAACAUGUUGUAUCUGUUGCAACCCAAAAGAGCUGGGCAAGCACAACGAUCAAAAGAAGAUGCAGCCCAAUUGCUUGCUGAACUUCUGCAGGAACACUGGUUGUUUUGCAACUUACACACCAUAGCAACAAAAAAUAUAAAGAAGAAUAUUCUCAAAAUGUAUGAGGAAUUCACAAAACUCUAUCAAACCAGAAAGCAGAGACAAAAUCAGUCAUUUACAGAGAAGGCCAACACAUUCAACAGGAGUUCAGAACAGCUCUUUGACAUAUUUUGUACAGACACAGUGAUAAGAAAUGAGCUGGAACAAUACAGUGGUAUAAAAAUGACAGACGUUGAGUGGAAAUUUCUUGAAAACCAAAGAAGUGAAAGAAAAAUGUACCAUAAAGAUUUCAUGGACAAGAAAGAAAUUAAGAUGAUGGGAAGAAGAAAACUACAGUGCCUGGAGCACUUGAGAAAAAUUGCAGAAAAAAAAGAAGCGAGUGAAGUCAAAGAAGAGACUUACAAAACUGAUGAGAAGUUAGAUGAAGGUAUGAGUGUAAAUGAAUCAUAUGUUGUAGAAGAGGAGGAGGAUGAAGGUGUUCCAGAUUUUUCAUCUAAGGGGAAAAGAAAGCGUCCAUAUUCUACGUGGACUGCCAGCUCUCCAACAUCAGCUGGUGAUAGUAUGCCUCUUGAGUGUCAACAUAUACGUAUGAGCAUCAGGAAAGUUAGGCCUGGGUUCUAUGAGACUGUUAAGUUUAAAAACUGCUAGUACAUGUCAGUCUCAAGCUGAGGCUACUGUAGUAGAAGUUAGCAACAAAAUAUUUAGGACAUCUUGAAAUACCAUGAUCAUUUGGAAGUCCCUGAUGUAGAUACUCUAACAACAUUCAGAAACAUCCACCUGGGAGUGAAGAGCAUUGAAGUAAUGAGAUUGGCAGAAACUGUAAAAGAUUAUGAACUCCAAAGGAAAAAGCAGUUCAUAACUAAUGAUAUGAAGGCUUAGAGAUAGAUGAUCUGGGGGGUAUGUAGCAGUACAAGUCUCCAUCUAAGGCCCUGACUGUACUAGACUUUUUUGGAUGAAUGUUCACUAAGGAUACAGUUAAGAGUACCAAAUACUUGACAUCUAAGACAAUAUAUAAAAUCUUCAUUUCCAGAAGUGAAAGGCUAAAGUUUUAGCACGAUUCUUUGUUGUCCACAGAGAUAAUGUAAUCGUGUUGCAAACGGAACAAGGAAUGGAAGUCAUUUCCAUUCUCAGAAGUGAUCUGAUUCACAAACGAAAAACCUCCCAACUUUGAUUUUUGCAUGGCCAUUUUUAAAAAACAGUGCAAUAAACUAUGUCUAGGGCCCUACCAAAUUCAUGGUCAAUUUCACAGUAAUAGGAUUUUUUAAAUAGUACAUUUCAUGAUUUCAGCUAUUUAAAUAUGAAAAUUCAUGGUGAUAGCAAUGGUGGGCCAAUAGUGUCAACAGGAGUCUAGUUGACUACUGGGAAAUAAUACAGUAUUGUUGAUAAAGCUAAUUUAAAGUGCAGAUGCUGAGCAGUCACAACUCCCAUUAAUUUCACUGGGAAUUGAGGAUGUUUGGCACCUUUUAGAAUCGGAACUAAUAGUAAAACUGGCUAAUUACCUUUGUCCUUCAACUGCUUUGAAAUCCCACUCCCAGUGAGUACCUACUUAAAUUAGUAGUUUUAAUGUUGCAUUUCAAAUUCAUAUGGAAUAAAGAACUGCUGGUAUUGUGAAGGAGACAAUGGCCUUGCCUUUCAGGCUCAAGUAUAUGUAGCUACAUUAUCUCUCUCCCUCAAAGGAUGUAACUGUCUGCCUCUCUGAAUAAUAUACUUAUUAUCAGUCUCUUAUCGGUUACUCAGUUAACUUUCACAUAAAUAACUGAUGAGGUUCCUUGAGGAUUUAUUCCAAAAUAUUAACCAAACUCAGUGCAGUAAACAUAGUUUUUACUUUUUUUGUCGUUAACAAAGUUUAAAAGGAAAUUUAAUUUAAUGUCACUGGGCACUCACAGCAGCAGCACUGCUUGAGCACUGGUCUUGGGCCGAAUGUGGCCAGUCUUAGAUCUUGGAACAGUAUGAUUUUUAAUCCCUGCUGUAAAACCCACUUUACACUACAAAUACAGCAAGUGAUGUAAACUGAGACAUAUUAAACAGAAACCCAGCGUGGUUUGAAUAUGGUUUUUAACACUGUUGUAUAGUGCUUUGAUAAUGUUCCUAGUUCGUAGAGGUUAAGGCUAGAAGGGACCAUCUAGUGGGAAUCAUCUAGUCCAGGGAUUGGCAACCUUUGGCAUGCGGCUCGCCAGGGUAAGCACCCUGGCAGGGCAGGCCGGUUUGUU